GUAGCUGGGCACAUUUGGAGUUUUGGACAUCGGAGAAUAACGAAAAUAUGCUGAGAAUCUUCUCUCGGCUCCGACCACCUAUCUGUUCCCUCUCCCGCUCCCUCAAUCUCGUUCCCGUCUUCACCAGAAGGGGCCCGAUUCGGACAAACUCGCCUUCGCCGUUUUGUGCCCCAUUCUCGUCUUCUCGGAAGCGGAAGGGAAUCGACGAGGAGCGGGAUGUUGGAAAAGAGAAGGACGAUGUUGUUCCCGGCGUCUUCGUUUUCGGGAACGAUCCGCAGAGCCCGCCAAGGCUGUUCGUAGUGCAGCCGCGGCUCCGCCCUGACUCUAUCCUGGAUUUGAAGCUCUCGGAAGCACUCAACCUCACCAAGUCACUCGAGGAGCCGCGUGGCGGGUUUUUUCGGGAGGAUCUUACCCCUAAGCAGAUCCCUUCACACCUUGUUGUGCAGAACCCCAUUGCCAGGUCCUCCAAGUCUCAUGCGGAUACUUACUUUGGACCUGGAACUGUGGAAAAUAUCAAAACACAUCUUAAGGCUUUGGAAUCAGAGGAUCAUAUAGAUGCUGUUUUUGUGAAUGCAACUCUUUCUGGGAUCCAACAGCGCAAUUUGGAGAUUUCUUGGGGAAAGCCAGUUUUGGAUCGUGUUGGCCUCAUUAUAGAGAUCUUCAAUUCCCAUGCGGAGACCAAAGAGGCAAAGCUGCAGUCUGAACUAGCAGCCCUCAUGUACAAGAGGAGUCGUCUUGUUCGAGUGCGGGGUUCACAUGGACGUCUUACUUUUGGAAUAAAUGGUGAAGCUGAGGUUGUCAGUGGCCGUGGGAGAGGAAGUGGUGGGCGUGGUUUUAUUAGUGGUGCUGGAGAAACAGAGCUACAGCUCCAACGGAGGAGAAUUCAAGAAAGAAGAAACCAUCUAUUAGUUCAAAUUGAUGAGGUAAGGAGGACUAGGGCUUUACAGCGUUCUGCUCGAAGAAGGCAUGGUGGUUCAAAUGGUCACGGUCUAGCAACUGUUGCUGUUGUUGGCUAUACAAAUGCAGGAAAAUCUACAUUGGUUAGCGCUCUUUCGAACAGCGAUCUGUACAGGGAUGAUAGAUUGUUCGCAACUGUGGAUCCUCGUUUAAGAAGUGUGAUUCUUCCAUCAGGGAUAAAAACUCUUCUCAGUGAUACUGUUGGUUUUAUUUCAGAUUUGCCUGUUCAGUUGGUAGAAGCUUUUCAUGCUACCCUUGAAGAAGUGGUGGAAGCAGACCUUCUAUUGCAUGUGCUAGAUUCCAGUGCUCCCAAUGUUCUUGAGCAACGUUCAAGUGUGCUGGAAGUAUUGCAGAAAAUUGGCGUAUCAGAAGAAAAGAUUCAAAACAUGGUUGAAGUUUGGAAUAAAAUUGAUCUUCUUAUAACUCGAGAUGAAGCCCUAGUUGAAGGUGAAGAAGAAAGGAUUACGAACCGAUUAGAAGGUCUGAAGGAAGCAAAACUAAAAGAAGAAGAUGGGAUUUUGUCAAAUUUUCAGGAGAGCAUUCGAUCUAAGCAAAUGGCUGUUGUGGAUUUAACUGAAAGGGAUUUAUCGUCCGACUUAUUACAGAAUGAGGGUCUAGACUUGGACGACAACCAAAGAACUCAUUACUCUGAUGUUCAAAGGCUUGCAAUGUUUAAUGCACAUUGUGAGCAGGAAGUUGCCAACCGCAUAGAAACUUCUGCUAUUACAGGAAUUGGCUUGAAGGAACUCUUAUCUCUUAUCAGUGAGAAACUAAGUGCACAAACGUUAGUUGAGAAAAAGAGCUAUGAGCCUUUUAACAGGAAAUGGAGGCCUUCUCAUAACUUGGAAUUUGAUAGAGCAGCUGAGCAGUAGGUUGCAUUGUGCAAAAGCUGUUCCUUUUAGCUUUCUUUGCAUGUAUCAAGGAUAAAUGUUUUCUGGAUAAUCUUAUGGCUCGCCAAAAGCUACAACACUACUACUUCAAUGACAAGGAGCUGAACAAAGGAUAAAAAGAUGUUGAAAAAAAAAAUUUCCUGGAUUGAUUUUAUGUUCUUGUAAUUGCAGUAUGAAAGUGGUUAAAAAAAUAAGAAAACAAAUAGAAAUUUAUUUUAAGCCAUUUCUACCUUCUGCUUAUAUGUCAAAUUUGUAAAUUUUAUUUGUACAUUCUAAGAACACUUGAUGAAACUGUGUAGUGUGUAUCAUUUUUAGAAUUAUUAAAAAAAAAAAACCAUAUAGUUUAGUGGGUGUGCA